AUAUUUCACCUUGGAUGUACUUCUCAUUUCUCUUCACCCAAGAGGAAGCAUCUCUCUGAUCUUGUGUUUCUUUGAUACAGCAUUUCCAUCUUUCCUUGAGGAGAAAAAAUGAGCUGGGGAUUCCUACGAGAUCUGCUGAGUGAAGUGAAUAAAUAUUCAACAGAAAUUGGAAGAAUUUGGAUAGCAAUUGUAUUCAUAUUCCGCCUACUUGUUUAUAUUGUGGCAGCAGAAAACGUCUGGAAAUAUGAACAUAACGAAUUUGAAUGCAAUACCAAGCAGCCUGGCUGUGAAAAUGUCUGCUUUGACCAUUUUUUCCCUGUCUCCCAGACCAGGCUUUGGGCUUUGCAGUUAAUCAUAGUCUCCACUCCUUCACUCCUGGUUGUUUUUUAUGUUGCCUUUCGAGAGACUAGGGAGAAGCGACACAAUCAGAAACUUUACAAAAGUCCAAGAGAGAUAGAUGGAGAAUUGCUGUGCACUUAUCUCGUCAGCCUCAUUUUAAAAACAGGAUUUGAAAUAGUUUUUCUUGUUCUGUUCUACAAAUUGUACAAUGGCUUCAAAGUACCACAUCUUGUGAAAUGUGACAGGAGUCCAUGUCCUAAUGCUGUAGACUGUUAUAUUUCCAAACCUACAGAGAAGAUGAUUUUCCUCUAUUUUCUGGUGGCAACUUCAGGUCUGUGCUUUGUAUUAAGUUUAAGUGAAUUGAGUUAUCUUAUUUUCAGAUACUCCAUAAAAUGUUAUGUGAAGAAGUACAUCGAGAAACAACAAAGCUCAAAAAGUGAUUGCCACAAAUUAACAGUAGAACAGCAAGUGCAAGACGGGUUCACAACUCCCCACCCUUGCUUCUUAAUGUACAAGAUAAACUUGGAAAAAAAAGCUGCCCACUGA